CUACAUUUCCAUAUCAGUGGAGACCCUGUAUCACCGUAAACUUAUCACCAGAAUGACAGGCCGUCCGGAUAGUUGAAAUAUUUGGCACACGAUGGCCUCCCGGUUAGUCGCAUUUGUGCCUCCAGCGAGGCAAGUCCCUGGUAACCAUAUCGAAAUAGUGCCGAAGAUAACAUGAGCCAGAGUCACCUUCAAACGGAUCAGCUGAAGUUCGAGGAGAAGCCUCUUUAUGUUCCGCCCCUCCAGGAGCUUCAAAGUGUCAUACAGGGUGCUCUGGAAAGUAAUUUCGCCAAUGCGGAUGUCAGUGUGGUCCCCUGUCCGGAUCUAAAAGGAUCGCAGUUCGGCCUGGUGGAGAGUGGCUUGGGCGGUAAGGCAACUCUCUUGGAAGCCGGAGGUCCUCCCUAUUUGCGACCUCUGGUGCAACGGGACAAGCUCUAUAACCUCAAGGAGAUCACCCGGAAGAUUCAGGGGCCAGGAAAGAUCUUUGCUGUAGGAGCAGGAGCAGGUCCUUGGCCCAUUCGUGGCUCCAACUGCGAGGGCAUCUUCAACCUGGCCGUGAGCGAAGAAGACAAGCUGACAAAUGGCAGCUACACAGCCACUGUCAGGGGGGAUCAGGAGGAGUGUGUUCUGGAGAAGAUUGCUGACUCCGAGCCACGCUGUGCUCUAAUCCUAAACCUCUUCCUGAGCCAGGGUCAGCCCGGUGAGGUGCUCAAGAUCACCGCCAAGCAGCGCACCGGGGAGCAGGACUUCAUCGAGUGCAUCCGCAAGGGUCUGGAGCAGCACUACCAGGACAAGCCCGUGGGCUUGGGCGGUAUUUUCCUCAUAAAGAAGGGAAAGGUCCACCAGCAUGUGAUGCGGGACUUUAGCACGACGCCCAUCUACACCACCGAGCAGAUCCAGCAGUGGCUCAAGUUCUACGAGAUGCCCGCCCAACUAAAUGCUCUGGGCACCUUGGUGACAAAGGAUCUGGGUCUGGACUUGCGGCUGCAGCACUUCCACUCCUUCUCCUUCAGCAACUGGGGUGGACACUACCAUUACGACACCACGCCGGAGAUCGUGGAGUACGAGGCGUAUCUGAACGUGGCGGAGCGGGUGGUUCGGGUGGACAGGCCCGGGCUAACGGAUCAGCUGAUGUCUCCGCACCUGCCGAAUCCAUCAAGACCUAUUAACAAGCGAGCCUAAAAUAAAUGUCUUCUCAGAAAAUGUUUUCGGUUUCUGUCGGACUGGCAACGAUGAUUAC